AUGGGCGUCGAGCUGGCAAGAAAGAGCAACUCUCAGUGCAUCGGGAUAUUAAUUCAUAUCGGGGAAGCAGGAAUAUCAUUGGGAAAGAAGGAGUCUAAUCAACUGAGUGUUGAUAUUGACAACAUUGCUGAUAAAACAUUGGGAUAUCUAACUGUCAUUCUUUGUAUUGCAGGUUACGCACUGCAGUGCUACGUUUGCAACAGCCACCUAGACAAAGACUGCAAGGACCUCACCUCGCCGAAUGCCAAGAACUACCUGAAGGACUGCAACAAUGAACCCGACGGGGAGAAGUACACCCUGUGUAGGAAGAUAGACAUGCACAUGGACAUGGACUACGGGAAAUUCCACGAGAAGGAGAACAGAGUCCACCGCGCCUGCGGCUGGGAGGAGAACUUGGCCGACGUCAAAGACUGCUACUACAAGAGCGGCUACAACACACGCAGCUGGGUCUGCGCCUGCAAAACCGAUGGCUGCAACGGGGCUUCGCUCCCCUCCGUCGGCUUCGCUGUCUUACUUCCGGUCAUCAUCGCCGCCGUCCUAAGGAUGGACGUUGUAUACUAAAUAACACCCACCCCCUUUCUCAAAUAGUUUUGCCCUUGAACACCCACAACCCCCAUUCUUACCCCUUCCCUCCCCUUGGCUUAGGAAAAUGGAAUAAUCACCGAGAUGCGAAGCAUCAGUCCUGUCCCCGAAACUGAUUCUGGCUUCAUCUUUCUCUUCUUCUUCUUCUCUUCCUCUACACAACACCAACGAAAGAACCGCGGGAGAGAGAGAUUCAGGUUGGACUUAAAGCGGCGUUGGUAUUCGGUGGUUUGACAAGCGCGAGACCUCCGUAAUUCAAAGAAUUUGGCCAUGGUUCGCACUUUGUUUCUCACGGGGAGGGAGUCUUCAAAAAAAACUCUCUCUCUCUCUCUCUCUCUCUCUCUCUCUCUCUCUCUCUCUCUCUCUCUCUCCCAAUACCGAAUUGAGGCGUAUCCGGUUUUAUCUUCAUUUAAAUUUAAUCAUGGGAAACGAGACCAAAUAAUACCAAAUGCAAAAUUCGUCCUUCUCAUUUAGAACAUAAAGGCUUUGCCGUUGUCGAUUAGCAGCAGUUUCGGUUAAUAUAAUUACUAUUACUAUAUAAUUAAAACUCCCAUGGGGGUUUUCGUAAAACAUAAAAUUACCAUCCUUAAUUUCUUAUGCGUUACCCGCUUCAUAAAAGUUUUUUUUUUCUUUUACGGUCUACUAUUGAUAAAAUGUUUCGACAAGUUCAGUUCACAAAGGACUUGCAUUUGAUUCUUCAUGUUAUUGCACUAGUCUUGAAGCUAAUAAUUUCAUUGUGUUUUGACCAAGCGAGAAAUUUAAGGAUUGAAAAUUCCUAAUAAUAAAGAAACUUCAAACACUCCGUUGCAUAUGAUUCAGAGAACAACAUGUAUAAUGAGCAUUUUUUAUCAUUAGAUGAUAGGAUAAUAGGAUACAUUCUCUCUCUCUCUCUUUUCUCAGAUGCUGGUGAUAGUGAUUGACAUUCCAGGUUCAGAAUAUUAAUUUGAAAUGCAACUGACCAAUAUUGUUUGUUUGAGAGACCCACAGAAUUCGGAUGCCAUACUACUGUUCUUCUGCUCCGUGGAUGUACAUUCAAAUCUGGACAGCCUUUGCUCUGCUAUUCAUCAGUAGUUAUUUUUCUUAAAUGCUUGACGAGCAAAUCAUUAUUUCUUCAUCUCGUAGAAUCAAAUCCAAGAGAUGAAUUGCAGUAUAGCUGACGAACUUCGUGGGGACAGGACCUUUUUCCACCGUUUGUGUAUGAAUGUCGUGUGUAGAUAUUUUUCUUUCCCCUCCCCCACCCCAGAGCCCAAGAGAAAAUAAAACUGCUGAAUUCUCCGACCAAGAAUCGGGAAAUAAGACAAGUUUUAAAUUUGUAUAGAGUAAAAAGUGUUUCUAUCGUACAUACUAGUACAUGCAUACAUUGUGUUCAUGUAUCAGUGUAUGCAUGUCUAAGUAUGUAUUAAAGCAUGUAUAUUAAAGUGAAUAAUUCAAUUUUAAGAUAUUUGGAAAGGAGUCCAGAGUAUUAUGUGAGAAGGCAGCCUUCUAAAAAGUGCGGUACCUAUAGUGUUUAGGCUGUAUCAUUGUUGAUUGUUAUGCGAACUAAACAGGUAGAAACUUGUGCAAUUGUUAGUUACAGUGGAAGCUUUUUUUUUUUUUUUUUAUUACGUUGACUGUUUGUUUCUCACAGUUCUAAUUUUUCACUGGAGCUUUUUAAUGAAAAACCUAAAAGGGACACAAUGUGAUUUCAUGAGCAGGAUUGACGAAUCUUUCUCGAAAUGCCCUGAAAGUGUGCGCGCAGUUAGCCUCAUUCUCUCCAGAUUGAUCAUUAUUAUGAAUUAUUAUAUAACAUUCUGGCUCACAGUUUUAUUAUAAAAACAGGUUUUGUAAGGAAAUUUAAUAUGCUUACAUACCAACUAAAUACAUUGCUACAAAAGUAAGAUAAAACACCAACUAAAUAAAUAUCUUGCUGCAAAAGAAAGAUAAAACACCAACUAAAUAAAUAUCUUGCUGUAAAAGAAAGAUAAAACACCAACUAAAUACAUUUCUGCAAAAAAAAGAUAAAACUUGUGCUACUGAAGGAAAUGUUGUGGCAAUCUAUUUUGUGACAGCGAAAGGUAGAAGCAAUUGUCAUCAAAAUAGGAACCAGAUUUGAAUUCGGCGAGUCUUUUGUUGGGGGCACACUCAAGAAAUAACUUAAAUGCUAUAUAACCUUCCUGUUCAUACUUUGGUCCUAAUGUUCGCGAAUGGGGCAAAUGGUAAAAAUUUGGCGUUUGUAUGGCAUGAUCCCUUUGUUAAAUUGUCGGUUCAUAUAGGCCGUAAGUGUAUAUAAUUUACAUAUAUAUACGUAUAUAUAUGGAUGUACGUGUAUGUAUAUUAGUGCAUAGUAGUUCCUGUGCGAGCGAUAUUCCGUUAAAAAAAAAAAGUAGCUAGUAUUGGUUCAUGGGAAUAAUUUGAUUCAACAGUUAGGAAAUAAUAUGUCUAGGAGUAAAGUUGUCAUCUGCUAUUAGAGUUCUGUACAUUUCUUUAAGCCACGCACAAAGCAAUUAGGAAAAGAACAGCGAAGAAACCACACAUUGUGAUUUUAUAACUUUGUGAUUUUGUAGCACGUAAAACGAACAUAAGAUCGAAGGACUUCUGAAAUUAUUUAAACGCGAAGAUAUGCUGUUGUUUAGGAUUCGAUCAGUUCGUGAGUUUUACGAAUUUUAGUAUAAAACUUCAAUAAUAAAAGUUCCAUGAAACGUUCUAAUAAUUGUAUUGAAUGAAUUUAAACAAAAAAAACCGAUCGGCCUAUUGACGUCAUCAUUCAAAAAGCAGCUUAUAACUUCCUGACUCCGUCUUGCGAUUUGCGUCCUCAUCAGUAACGGGAAAUGAAAGUUCCCUCAACUACAUUCAGAUUAAAAAGUUUACUUUAAUGAACAAAAGAAAAUAGCAAGAUUCCAUCUCCCCAUUUUUACUCUUCUGGCCCCUUUUUGGAUUUAUUACAUUGGCCACUACAACUGUAGUACCAUUUUUUCAUGCUAGCCUAUGUUUAUGCCGUGUAGGAACCCUCCCAACCACUCAUAUCUGGGUUGUUGUUACUAGAAGUUUUAUGGGUGGGGAAUGGGGCGGGGGUAGUGGUAGACUUAAUAGGGGAAACAUUGGCAACAUUCCAAAGUCGUCUACCGCAAAGGCCCCGAGGCUCAGGAGAUCACCAGUAUAAAAGAGAAAGGUUUCAAUCUAUAUCACAACUUCUUGGUCUGUUGGAAGGUUUUGCUAGAACAGCAGCCAAGACGUUGGCAAUAAAGAUGAGAAUGUAAAUUCAUUUAAGGAAAUGUUAAAACCACCUUUUGAUGAUCAUUUUUUACAAACAUCAUCCUGUCUGGUUGCUUUGUUGCACCAGUAAACCGAAUGCAUAGUUAGACAAACAUCCCAAAUUUUUUCUGUUGUUCAAUAAAGUUAGCUUUUUUUUUCUAGAGACCAGGAAGAACUCACUGGAUGGAUAUUUGAUUCAACGACUUCUAUUAUUGUAAUCCGCUCAGUUAGCUCCGCCCAACAGAACUUAAACCAACCGUAGGAGUGGGGCAGAAGGGCAGCUAUGUACAUUCUCCCUCCCAGUGCCACCCAACCAGAAGAUUGGAGUACUCAUGUGUCCGUGGAAAUGCAAGCUGGAAGGAAAUCACCAAUGCUUGUUUUGUUUUAUAUAUAUAAAUAUAUAUAUAUAUAGCUGUUUGUUCCGUGUUUUAUGUAGCAUAAAAGUGUUUUUGAAGUCGAAGUAGAGUUUCAUCUACUUCGUUAACUAGUCUUUUAUGAAUUCUUUCAUAUUUAAUCAACGAAAGGAAUGAUGUUCCAAUCCUCCAAAGACGUAGGGUCAGGAAUUUCCCAAAGCACAGACGUCUGUCUGAAGUUGUGAGUUAGCUUGUCUAUCGAGGAGAGAGGGUUAAGUUGUUCUCAGAGCAACAGACUAGCUGCUGUUGGGUUUGCUGACGAAACUGUGGAGAUGCGUCCAUUAUGGAAACAUAAGGGCUUUUAUAUUAUCACCCGUUUAUUCGAUUGUCACAAGCAAAAGUUGACCGAGAAAGGGUCUCUUCUAAUCUUAAAAUACACUUAAAUAAAACUUGACUAAAUGAUGGCAAUAUGUAAACAAUACAGAAAAAAGUACUUAGUAAAGUUAUUUAAACAAAGGUAACAAUUCCAUUUCUGUCGAUUGCAGCUGUGCAUAAUAAAAUUAUGGCAUGCUGUGUUAUAUGCGUCUUACUUUCGCCAGCAAACUCUGCAGCAUCAUUUGUAAGUAAUAAAGUACUGUAUAUCGCGCAGUGUCCUGUGCUUGUACAUGGUUCUAUCUUAACCUCAUCUGUAACCACGAAGACCAUUAUUUUUCCAGAUAUGCAUUUACUGUACACCUUAGCUGGACCCAAGAAUGACAUCCCACGGGACAAUCUGUUUCAUGCGAGAAGUCACGAUUGUGUUUUGUUUUGUUUCGUGUCUUGUCACGUUGGGUCGGGUGAAGUGUCAACAGAAAAAUAUAUUCGUCGCUUACUAUACAGACUUAUUAACCCUGUUGAAGUGUGAGAAAAGCUAUUUUAUAUCUGAAAAUAUUUUCUUAAACAGAGAAUAAAUGAUAAUGAAUAAAAAUAAAAGAUAAUUUUCGA